GGGGCUGGGGGCGCGCGCGUGCGCGAGGCCGGGCCGCGGCGGCGGCGGCGGCGGCGAGGCGGCGCCCCGUGCUUGCCCCUCCCCCUGCCGCCGCGCCGGGCUGCGGACGGCGACGGGCGCCGGCGGGCUCGCUGCGCCCCGGGCAUGAGCGUGGGCGGCUGCGCGGCCGCCCCAGCCCCAGCGCGCUAGGGCUCUGCCGCCGCCCGGGCGGGGAGCAGAGGGGCGGGAGGCGGCGCGGGGCCGUGCCGGGCCGUGCCGGGCGCGGCAGCGGCGGGCCCGCGCCAUGCGGCUGUGCGGGGCGCUGCUGAAGAGCCCCAUCCCCAAGCAGAUCGAGUACUACUCGCGCUUCUCCCCCUCGCCGCUCUCCAUCAAGCAGUUCCUGGACUUCGGCAUAUACCUUUUGGCAGGCAGACAACUGACUCUGUGCUAGAAGCUGAAGAAACUCUAUGGAUGCUCUCAGAUAAGUUACAUGCAGCCAAUAUUCUGACAGCAUACCACAAAACAAAAAGAUGUACUGAAGGUCGUGAUAAUGCAUGUGAGAAGACUUCAUACAUGUUUCUCCGGAAAGAACUUCCUGUGCGACUAGCUAACACCAUGAGAGAAGUCAAUUUGUUGCCUGAUAACUUACUUAACAGGCCUUCGGUUGGGCUAGUGCAGAGUUGGUACAUGCAGAGCUUCCUUGAGCUUUUAGAAUAUGAAAAUAAAAGUCCUGAGGAUCCUCAUGUUUUGGAUGACUUUUUAGAUGUUUUAAUUAAAGUCAGGAACAGACACAAUGAUGUGGUUCCAACCAUGGCGCAAGGGGUGAUUGAAUACAAGGAAAAAUAUGGCUUUGAUCCAUUUGUUAGCAGUAACAUCCAGUAUUUUCUAGAUAGAUUCUACACCAACCGCAUCUCUUUCCGUAUGCUUAUUAACCAACACACACUUCUUUUUGGAGGCGAUAUUAAUCCUGCUCAUCCCAAACAUAUUGGAAGUAUUGAUCCUAAUUGUAAUGUGGCUGAGGUGGUUAAAGAUGCUUAUGAAACAGCUAAGAUGUUAUGUGAGCAGUACUAUCUCGUUGCACCAGAUCUGGAAGUUGAAGAAUUCAAUGCUAAAGCUCCAAACAAGCCUAUUCAAGUAGUUUAUGUACCAUCUCAUCUGUUUCAUAUGCUAUUUGAAUUAUUCAAGAACUCAAUGAGAGCUACAGUAGAAUUGCAUGAAGGUAAGAGAGAAGGCUAUCCGUCAAUCAAAACCUUAGUCACUUUGGGGAAAGAAGAUCUAUCUAUUAAGAUAAGUGAUCAAGGUGGAGGUGUACCUUUAAGAAAGAUAGACAGAUUGUUUAACUACAUGUACUCGACAGCACCUAGGCCUAGUUUGGAGCCAACAAGAGCUGUGCCUUUGGCUGGAUUUGGCUAUGGCUUGCCAAUUUCUCGUCUUUAUGCCAGGUAUUUUCAAGGUGACCUUAAACUCUACUCAAUGGAAGGAGUUGGUUCAGAUGCUGUAAUUUAUUUGAAGGCCCUUUCAAGUGAAUCAUUUGAAAGACUUCCUGUUUUUAAUAAGUCAGCAUGGCGACACUACAAGACCACGCCUGAAGCAGAUGACUGGAGCAAUCCUAGCAGUGAACCAAGAGAUGCUUCUAAAUACAAAGCUAAUCGAUAACUUCCCACCUUUUGUCUCUCCUGAGGAUGAGCUGUGCAUUCAGCAUAAAGUUUCUGCUUUGUUCCAAAAUCCUUAAACCACAAUAGCCAAUUACUUCCAAACAAAGACCUAAUCAGGGCUUUGAAAAAUAGUAAGAACAAAGGUUGGGACUUAAAGGAAGGCGCUAAGCACGUUUGGUAUGUGAAUUCUGUCUGCUUCACCAGAAUAAUAUGUUUGGUUGGUUCAGUCAUGUAUUGACAAAAGGGUUUGCACAGUGAUUGCACUUAAGAUUACAAUGUUAUAUUUGAAAUGGCCAAUUUCUAUUACAAUAUGCGAGUUGGCAAGAUGUGCAGAAUCCCUUUUAAUGAUGAAUAGUAUCUUACACAGCAAUAUGGCAUAAGAGAAAAAUUCUAGUGUAGUUAAACAUAUGCUUAGCAAACCACUCUUUGCUGCAUUUUAUAUUGCAGUGUCACCUGUUACAGAAAAUCCCUUUGAGCUCUACAAAUCUAUACUUAAUGAGCUUAUAAAUGCAUAGUUCUAAAAAGGGUUGUGCAGCUUUAAACUGAUGCUUUCCCCAAAUUCCCAAAUCCAUUUGUCAAGUGCAUACAAAAAUUAUGUUCUUACAAGGCAUUGGGACUUUAACUUCUCGGUAUGCACCUUAAUGAUUUUCUUGACUUGCACAAGAAUGCCAAAUGGUAAAUCAUAUUAAUUAUGCAUUUGUAAACAUUUUUCCUUAUUUUGAGGAAAGAUCAUAAGUAGUUUGAUCAUCUCUCCAUACUUUCAAGAAUUCCUAUCAAUAUGGGGGAGGGGAGAAAUUAAAUUUCGUGUUCCUUGCCUGUCAUUUUUUGGGGUGAGGGUGAGGGGAAGGGAGAGAAGUGCUGAGAGGCCAGACAGCCAGUCAUACAAAUGAAUUUGCCUUAAGAAUGUUGGUCACUUGGAACCCGAUUAGUAUAAAACUUGUAAAUAGUUUGCAAAGUUAUUUAUAUAUUCAAUGUCUAACAAUAGUCUGGUAAUCUGAAUUUGUAGUGUAUAUAAAGAUGUUGUACACCAGCUUUUGGAAAGUGUCAUUGGUCUAAAUAUCUGAAACAGGAUGUAUGGGAGGGAUAAGAAAAGAUAGAUGAUGCCUGAUUUAAAAAACCUAAAUAAGUAACAUCCUCCUAAAUUUGUUGUAAGUGUUGAUGUUGAAUGUUGGGAAACUGUACUUCACCAAGUCUCUGCCAAAUAAUGUUUCUGAUACUAUGGCCCUUUAGAAGAAUUUGUGAGGUUAGACAUUCUGGUGAUAUCCUAGCUGUGGGAAUAAAGGUAGAUAAGUUGUAAGCAACUCUGCACCCUCAAUUUCUCUUAAUUUUUUUGAUAUUUUUUGAAAGAUAUUGCAGAUUUUAACAAGGAAAAAUGAAACCUGUUUGCUUGAACUGUGGGGGAACUCUCUCUCUUGUCCUCCUGAAUAUUUAUUUUUGUAAAGAACUAGUCUGUUAGGUAAACAGGGAAAAGCUGAGAAAUUUCUAGGUAUUUUUUAAAAUCCUUUGUUUGACUUAAUGAUAGUACUUUGCACUUGCAUAGCACACUUCAUCAAAGGAUUUCAGAGUGCUGUGAGCAAUAAGUUUCUUAUAGCCCCAUUUCUGAAAAGCUAAAGUCUUUAUCCUGCAAACCCUUACUCUCAUCUGUUGUGGUCAGUUCAAGAAUUUGUAUUUGAAUAGUUCAUGCAUUUGUGGGGCUUUAGGUUCUGUAGGUUUCUCUACACUGUACGCUUAAGUGGUGUUGGAGUACCAGGUUGUUUGGGCACCAUCUCGUACGCAUCUACGUGGAAUGCUGCAGCACUGUCUAGAGACAGAGAUACCACAGCAACUGCUGGCAGCUGUCUGACUUGCUAGCUGGUAGGCGGUGCCCUUGCUAGCCCUGUCCGUCAGCAGGUCGAAGUAGGGACCAUGCUGGUGGGACUGUUGUCUUCUGUUCCCUAACCACACUCAUUUGACCCUAGCAAGGAGAUCUUUACAUGGCAGUACACAGCACAGUGAAGGUGUACCUUGCACGACCUCCAGAGCACUUCCAGUGACUGCAGACACUGCUGCAGAGGAGGCAAAUUGCUAUUCAAGUGAUACAGCUCUGCUGCUGUGGAGAAAGCGGUGUAAUAGGUUUGCCUGAAACAUCAGUUAAAAGUCACAUCUAUUAUAAUUUAGUCAGUUAACUUCUGCCCUCACCCACAACUUCCUACUGUUCUUUUAGUUCGAGUUUUCUACAAAUAAUAGAAGAAAACUUACUUAAGAAUGGAAGUUCAUAAUGAAACGUGAAGUUUUUGAUUUUUCCAGUUGCGUGUGGUCAUUUUUUCCUGGAACUUUACCUAAAACGUUCCGAUGAAUAAAAUAGUUUGUGAAAGAAGCUGAAGUUUAGCUUUGGUUAGAAGUCAUAUUUUUGAAGUAGUAAAUUCUUACUCAGUGCUUCUUUUUGACUGCCUCCUUAUAAAUGAAGAGGAGGAGGAAUGCAAAGGAUGCAGGGAUAUUGAACAUUAAGCAAAUGCUAAGCAUUGAAGCCAGUAGAUGAGAAGUGAAGAUACUGCAAAGGAUAUUAUAUUGUAUUGUUAGUCAUUUCACUACUUUUUCCCACCAAAACAACUGACUUAGCUUUCAAGACUAACUGAACUGGUCUAGUACUUUGAAGACUCAAGACCCCUGAAGUUGCAGUUAUUUCUAACAGUAUGAUUUGAUUAUGACCUGAUUAUAACCAGGCAGUUCAGAAAAGGAAGACAGAGCACAAGAAAUGCAUUUUUCUUUCCAUUUUCCAAAAUCUGUUCUUUGGAUUUUUGCUGAGUGUGAGCAAGAAGUAACUUCACUCCUCUCCAGGUUUGCCUAAACAGCCUGCGCUUUAAUAUAAAUCUCGUGUCUGGUAUAUGUUGUCCUCAUGUUAUGUUCCUACACAGAGAUAUCUGAAAUCUGAAAAUUGUCCUAGAAACCAACAGCAACAGACCUAUGAGUGGAAGAGUUUUUCCAUGGGUAUGCCUGAAAAACUAGAGUGGAUGCAUUUUUAAUCUGGCUACUUUAUCUACAGAUUUUGUUCUUUUUUCAGUCACUUCUAGCUUUGAUUGGAGUCUGUUGUAACGAUUUGUUUCAGUAUUUGGGGGCAGUUAAUUCAAAACUCUUUGGUGAUACAAAAAUGUAUUUCUUUUUAAUGGAUUUCAGAUGUAUGGCCUGCUAAUGUUAUUGCAACCUGCUUGUCUUGAGUUACAGGACACAGUAAACAGAAAAAAUGUUUUCAGUGAAAAUGCUUUGUAUCUGUUGUGCUUAGUGAUUAACAGAAACAAUCUGAGCAAGAGAUGCUUGCUCCUUGAUUCUUCCUGAGAAUAUACAACCAAUUUGUAUGUCUUAGUGUAAAUGGAAUAGUUUAGCUUUUUCUUCCAGUGUGCUUUUUGUCGUGUGUCUGUCUUGAACAUCGUUAUUAAUGCUCUGCCUAAUUUAAUGCUAAUAGAUACCGAAGCCUCUCCAAGUCAUGUACAUGUUUCUGCUCCCUGUUUCUUCUAGAUUUUGUUUUAAGACUAAAAGGAGUCUUUUAGAGUCAGCACUUCAUAACAACUCUUUGAAAAAUAUUGAAAAGCUUAAGUGUUGUUUUAUCACUCAGAUGCGCAGUCUGUGCCUCCGCACUUGACUGUGAUAAGCUAGAAUAGCACUGAAAAGGUCUUUAUCCUGCUGCAGUUUGUGCUACCUCUCGAGUAAUGUUUAAAGCAGGUUCCUUGACCUAUGUUUAAGAAAUAUGGAUAUUAAUUCUAGUGUUCUCGCAAAACUCAAGCUACUUUUUGGCUGUAUAAACUACAUUGAUGCUCCAACUAGGUAACAUAAUUUUCUUUGUCCUCAGUAGUGUGCAGAAUUGGUUUGCUCUGAAACAACUGUUACUUUCUCUUAAAAAGUGAACAAAGUGAUCAUUUCUCACUAUAGUGCAAUCUCCUAUUCACCUCAACUCAAACGUAAGUAUUUAGUGUGAAAUCUUGACCUCAGAAAUAUAGAAGACAUUUUAUCCCCUCACCCUUAAUAACUGCUUUUAGGUCCUUACAUGUUAGGUGCUGUAAAGUGCAAAGUGGUCUUGACAGAUAUAAUCAUUUUGUAGAAAACAGCCUAAAUGUUUGUUGUUAGUUAUAUUUAUCUCUUGACAACAGCCAUGUCUGAUUGUGAGAUGUUCAGUUAGUAUGCAUGUUUCCUUGGUUGCUGCACAGAUGCUGUAGCUUCUGCUGGCUCUACAUCUCCUCUUCUUGAUAUACUCACAUAACUAUGAAUUAUAUAUCUAAGCAUGUUUUAGCAGAAGUUAAGAGAAUGUAAUGGCAGAUGACAAAAUGAUGUAUUACCGAGUUCAAAGAUGAAUUUAUUCACAAAUAAGGAAUACAGUCAUUGUGUAGUGACGUCAGGGCUGAAUCUUGCAAAUACUUGCACAAGUAUACUGCUUAUAAGAAUAAUCUCACUUAAAUGGAUCUGUUUUCAGGAUCAGGACGCAAGCUGUUGACAUUAAUUAAAACUAUGAAGAUUUAUGUAACUAAAAUAACUUUCUAAUUAAAAAUAGCUAAGCAAAUUUAAAGUUCAUAUACUGUAAUUGCAGUAUGCCUUAAAAGAUCUCAGAAAUUGGCAUAGAUAAAACUUGUUUUGUUUCUUAAAUUUAGAAAAUUUUAUGUAGUAUCAGUAGGACUGAUUUGUUUGAUUGUGAUAAUUCCGAUGUUUUCAAACCAGUCCCAAAUGCUUUAUUAACUUUUUUCCUUUGAAUUGAAUACUGCUGAAAGGUGCCAGAUUGACAGUUCUUAAAAAUUCAUACCCUCUGCCUACAGAUCAUGUUAGAAGAUGGGUGGUGGCAGUGCAAGUUUCCUCAUGGUGCACUGUUGGUAUUUUCAGCGGUUUAUUUAGCAAGGACUGUCCUUAGGUGAGAGACCUGCUAGCUGUUUCAUGCUUGCCUUCUCUGCUCAACAAAGUGCUCAAUUUGUGCAAAUUGUAUUGGAUUUUGAUGUGCGUUUCUGUCAGUAAAAGUGAACUUGCUCUCAGCAUUGGUUACUGAGCAGAAUCCCUAUGAUACUUGCUCAAGUCAGUGGUGAGCUGCUCUGUGUUGUACCCGGCAUCCAAGAGGGAAGAAGAUUUCACGUUGCUAGAUGAGAUGGCAGCAUCUGAACUGCUGGUUAGAAUGAGUUGAACUUUUAAUGGAGAAGGAGGAAGCUGAUUUUUCAUGAAAUUAUUUGGUGAUGUUUUAAAUUUUAUUUCAAGUCUUCUGUAAUUUGUGUUGGAAUUGUUUCUAGUCUGGUAACCGUGUAUAUAAUUUGUGUAUACUCUUAUUUUCCUUUUUUCCUUACGUUUCUGUCAAAUAAAAAUAUGUUAAAAAUACACAGUUGACAUCUUUAAGGGCCUGAAUCAGUUUCACACACUGUGGAGCUUAGUCUGUAAUUUAGCAGCACAAGUUGGACUUGAGGCAUGUGCCUAAAGAGGGACACACACAGAGAGCUUCAGUCUGGAGCUCGGAGUAAUUUUAGAAAUCACAAACUAAAUACUUAAAAUGUUUUACUUGCAUGUUGUGUCAUAAAGCAAUUUGAAACUUUUUUUAGCUUUUAUGGAAACCUACAUCUGGGUGUUUCCAAGCCCGUCUUCCUCCCCACAGAGGUCUAAUACUAGUAUCUCAAGCUUAACAUCAUCGUUGUUUAAUUAUUUCUAGAACUAGAUGUAAAUGCAAUUGCUUCCACAUUGUAGUACUCUGAAUUCUCAGGUACAUUUAAUCUGAUCUCUAUUGUAUCAGAUUUCCAGGUAGAUUUUAAGACUUUAAAACUUUAAGUGUCUUUGAUAAAUAUGUUUUAUUCCUGUCCGAUAGGAUUGCUGUACUUCCUCUCUAGGAGAUCUGUGAGUACAAUUCCGGGCAGUCUUGACCUUGUGAAAAUGCGUAUUUUCACAAAAGACUCACACUUGCACUCUGAAGCUCUCCACUUCAGUUAACUUUCAGUGAUUCUUGUGGUAUAGAAUGUAAUUUGUUCUUAAAAAGGUAAAAUUACAUGCCAACAUAGCUGUACUUGACAAUUCUUGAUUUUGCUAUUAUGCCAGGAACUUGACAUUAAAAUGUUUACAAAGACAGCAGUUCUGUAGAGAACAAAAUUGACUGUACUUGAUUCGAGAGGAAUUUUGAAACAAGGUUUUUUUGUUGGUGUUUUUUUUGCUAAUUGCAGGUCUGAAGAUAUAUCUUUCUACAAAAUAAUGGAAAUGCAAAAGCAUUUGUGGAAGACUAGCUUUUUGAAAAAUUUGUCACUGUAGGAAUUACUCUGGGUCUGUCAUUUUUGCAAAUAUUUGUUCUACUUUAUUUCUGUUUCUAUACAAAUAUGUUCCCUGGCUUCUAUAGGCUUGCAGCUUUAAAAAAAAAAAAAAAAUGGUGGUGGGGGAAUGUGUACCCUAAUGUAUUUUGGAAUAAAAUUAUUUUUUCCUCUA